AUGCAGGGAAAGUGGGCUUCCAGUUACCGCCGACAAUCAGCAGAGUCGCUUCAGCUACUGUCCACAGCAUCCAUUGGGGUAUGUGCUGGGAAAGCUUUCAAGCUAUACGACCGGAGGAGUCUCUUUGAUGCUGUAGCGCAAGGAGACCCGAGCCAAUUGGAUGAUUUGCUGAUCUUCCUGCUGGAAUCGCUAAAAAUCUUAACCGAUGCGGAGUUUAAAGAGCCCGACACUGGCAAGACCUGCCUGCUGAAGGCCAUGCUCAACCUCCACAACGGCCGCAACGACACCAUCCCUGUCUUGCUGGAGAUUGCGGAGAAGACGGAGAACCUGAAGGAGUUUGUGAACACCGGAUACACAGACAGCUAUUACCGGGGAGAGCUGCCCCUGUCUCUAGCCGCCUGCACCAACCAGCUGAACAUCGUCAAGUACCUGCUGGAGAACCCCUACCAGCCGGCCAACAUCGCCGAGCAGGACUCCAUGGGCAACACCGUCCUUCACGCCCUGGUGGAGAUCGCCGACAACACGGCCGACAACACCAAAUUUGUCACCCGCAUGUACAACGACAUGCUCAUCCUGGGGGCCAGGAUCAACCCCACCCUGCGGCUGGAGGAAGUCGCCAACCGCAGAGGGCUGACCCCGCUCACCCUGGCAGCCAAGAUGGGGAAGAUACAGGUCUUCGCCUACAUUCUCCGGCGGGAGAUGAAGGAACCGGAAUGCCGUCACCUCUCUCGCAAAUUCACCGAGUGGGCCUAUGGACCCGUCCACUCCUCGCUUUACGACCUCUCCAGCAUCGACACCUGCGAGAAGAACUCCGUCUUGGAGAUCAUCGCUUACAGCAGCGAAACCCCGAACCGCCACGAGAUGCUCCUGGUUGAACCCCUCAACCAACUCCUGCAGGAUAAAUGGGACAGAUUUGUGAAGCACCUCUUCUACUUCAACUUCUUCACCUACACGGUGCAUAUCCUGAUCCUCACCGUCGCUGCCUACUACAGACCCACCAAGAAGGAAGGAACGCCUCCAUUUACCUUUCGCCACACGAGCGGCGAGUAUUUCCGGGUCACCGGGGAGAUCCUCAGCGUGUUGGGAGGCGCCUACUUCUUCUUCAGAGGG